AUGUACCUCCUCCCACCAUCUCAAUCUCCGCCCCACGCCCUCGCCCACAUCGCCACCAUUUCCCCACGCUCUGCUGAUGAAACUCAAUGUGGAUUCACGGGCAACAACGAUAUCUAUGGCAUUGGGAUCCGGAUUGGUAUCUACGCGCAGAUUCUUGCUGUUUGGUUCGCGAACUACUUCCUCUUCUCCGAAGCGCAAGUCUUGCGCGACUCCGUCAGCAUUUUCAGCGUCGCGCUGCUGAUCGUUGCGCUUAUAUACGCCACAAGCCCGCAAGAUGUUUAUGCAGUGGAAGGCUUUGUAAUUUUGCAGAUCUUGGCUUGGAGUUGUAUCAUGGGUGUCAGGGCCAAAUCGAGUUACAGCAAGGGGAUUUUCAGUAGAGGAAGUCUGCUGAGGAGAGGUGUUUGCGAGAUUGUCAACUUAGCGAAUGUUGUAUUGCAUGUAUGGUUCUGGUGGGUUGGGAUCGGAAGGAUGAAAGAGACACCCUGUGGGACGUAUGUUAUGAUGUAUGUGGUCAGGACAGGUAUGUUUGGGUGGGCGCGGAAGGUCAUGAUGGCGAUGAGCUUGUUUGUGCUGUGCUGUACGGUGUACUGGGCAAGCGUAGAGUUUCUGAGGCCCUGGACGAUGUGGAAGAUCAGCAAUUCAAGGGAGAAGUUCGUUGAAGCUGUUAAGCGGUAUGAGCAGUCAGCAUUCCAAGAGGCCGUGGAUGCAGUCGUUAUGGAAGAAAAAGAAGACAGGGAGGUCGAGCAAAUCUGCUUAUGCACAGACGUAGAUACCGGUAACGCAUGCUCCAGGUCUUCCUGUCUGCAUUGCUCACCCACGAAGUCUCAUUUCGGCUUCGAUCGCGAAGCUACUUUGGUUAUUCGACGAGAGGGCUCCUCGGGCGGGAACUCGACGAACGACUACGCAUCGUCACCACGCAACUCAGCGGAUGAGAGCGGCUCUGCGAAAUCCACACGUUCGUAUGCGGAAAAUCAUUUCAACAGAAAUCUGACGGAGCCGUCCAUAUUACAAGAAGUAUACGAGAGCGAGUUGUACAUCAAGCACUGCAUAUCAGCAAGUCCAUACCACAAAAGCGAGGACGGCAAGCCUCCUCCGCUCUUAGUCGUCUUACGUUCGAUCUUCUCUCCGUCGAAGCAUCGUAUUUCAGGCGGCAUCAACAACCCACCAUCAUGGUUCCGCUGUCAUCUACACACUUGGGCGCUCUUUCUCACGCUUCGCUUCCCACCACAAGCCUUCAUCAUCUACUCGCACCUCCGCCAAUCUCGACUACUCGAUCCACUAAACAGACCAUUCCAACUGUACGCCGCAGUGACAUACAAAUGUGCCAGCCACGCGGAUUUGCCACACUGGGCGUCAGUGUCAAUAGCUUCGUCUCUAAUGCUUGCGGCGCCCGAGACACCGAAGAAAGUCUGGCUUGGGUGGUACUAUACAGUCUUGGAUCUGGCCAUACAUGUCAUUGUCAUCGUCCAACUCGAGCUCACAUUGCGAUGGAACAGAGUGAAUGGAUUGAGUGGUUUGUGGACGGGUGUCGGGCAGCUGGUGCCGUUUAUCAUCGGAGUCGGCGGGUUGGUGCUUGUGAGCGGCAGAUGGGUCAUCAGAGUCUGGGUGAAGUGGAAGAAAGGUGUGGGUAGGAUUAGUGGCUGGGGGAAAGACGGUUUACUUGAGGGAGAGGAAGGAGGAAAAGAGCAGUGCGGUGAGACUUUUGGUUUGGCGAGAGAUGUCAGGGAAGGGUAUGGGAAAUGGCGAGAAUUGCGAAAGUCUCGAGUGAUUUAA